UCGGCCCCCUACUUGAUCUAUACAACCUUAUUUUAAAAGUAUAUUUUUCAUCACUUUUAUUCGGAUUAUUCAAAGAUGUGUCUGCUAAAAUGUUUGGGCAUCAUGUGCGCGUUUGUGUGGCUCCAAACAAACUCGCGAUCACACCUAAACUGUCCAAAAAAUGCUGUCUAGAUAGGCAACUGGGUAGAAUUUGACACAGUCUCCGCCAAGCUUCCUCGUUUACGCAGGAAGAGGAGAGCUGUUAGCUAGCAUUCGUCGGAGAACUAUAAACAACUCACUUUUAUAAACCUCACAAACAAAAAACACUUUCCGCUUGCUUAAUCAACCAUUUGCUUGACGCUUAAAUGUUAUUUUAAAAGCGUGUUUGACAGACGUCUGUACUGGUCUAUGAUAACAGCACGUUAUUUACAAAGCUGGUUUGUACGCAGCUAGUCAAGCGCGCACUCGACAGCUAAAGCUUCUGUCAGUAUUUUUUUGCUUUGAUUUCUGCUGGAAAAUCUAGUUUUAAAAUAAUGAAAGAGGACUUAAAUAUCUGACUGUGUCUUACGGGGUGUAACCGCAUGCAUCUGACCGCAAAACAAUGUUUUGACGGGUUUGUGAGCUUGUCGAGGGUUUGUGUUCGUAGUUAGCAUAUAAGCUAAAACUAGCUUUGUACAUCCUCGUACAAAAAGCUUCAACUCUACAAGUGCACUUCUUAUUUAAGUAAUGCAUGUAAAAUAUGCAGAUGUUAAAUACGAUUCAAUGUACAGGAUAUUUAAAUAAUCUAUGUAUGGUUGACAGGCUAGUUAACUAACGUUAGAUUGGAAGGUUGACUUGGUUAAGAAAGUCAUUUGAAGAUGUGUUAAAAAGAGUAUAAUUAUGGUGAAAUGCUUAUUGGAAAGGAAUUAAAGCUUCCCUAAACAUGCCUGCAAGUAUUUGAGUUGGCUGGACUGGUACUAUGGAAGGUCCUGGAAAUUUACUACAGGUGAAGAUGCACCGCAGCAAACAUGAUGGACCCCUGACACCCACCAAGUGCUGAGGUGAAUUCACCAGGAAUCAAAUGGUUGUGAAAGUGCUCAAUCAUGGGUGAUAUGAAGACCCCUGAUUUUGAUGAUCUCCUGGCAGCCUUUGACAUCCCAGAUGCGACUAGUCUGGAUGCCAAAGAGGCCCUACAGGAGAAUCAUGAUGAGGGAGAGGAACACCUGAAGCACUCAGAGAUGUGUAUCGAUGCCACGGCUUUGAUCCCUCACCCGGCUUUGACUCCAACAGAUGCCCCUGUUGUCAGUGUUAUAGUGAAGAACACCUGCCGCCAGGACUCCUAUGAACAUCUUGUGGAGAAAGAGGGCUCACAUUUGGGACACCUAUUACAAAAUGGAUUCAAGAUGUCUGCAAGCUCACUGGAGACUCAUCAUAUUGAAACACAUUCCGUUAAUUUUCCAAAGCUGGGAACUAGUAAUCUCAAUGGGGAAUGUCCAACACAUUCCUUGGAAAAGAAUCCUGUACUCUACAAGACUGAGAAAAAUCCUAGUAUGUCAAGGUCAAUUCCUCAGUUUAGCCCUAUAUCUAGUCCAGAGUCUGAAGACAUUCAGAGCAAUGGAAUUGAUGACCGUCCAAAAUGUGCAGAGACCUCAUACUUCCCAUCUGAUUCCCUCUUCACAUCUUCAGCUUUUCCUGUCUUAGACAAUCAUGAAAAACUAGUCAGUCUGACAUACAGGUGCAAUGAAAAAAAUCCUGGUUCUAAAAGUACAGAUGAUCUCCGAUGUGAAGACUCGUCUUUUAAAGAGCAUAACUUGGCGUGUUACAAUACAGAUUCAGAAAAAGAAAAAAGUUUUGAUUCCGUCCCUAAGAAAAACAACAUUGAAGAGCUUGAAGCAAAUGAAUAUUCAAAAUAUUUUCCCCCUGGCACAUGUGACAAAGCUCAAACAUCCAGGUUGUCUUCGUGUCUCGAUGCAUUAGCGGCCCUGAAUGCUAAAAAGGAUCCAGGUGAGCAAGCUAAUUCAAAGGACAUUCCAGUAACACCAAAAGACAUGGUGAAAAUGAGUCCAAAAAUUCCCAUAUCGCCAAAGAGCCCUAGAAGUCCUCUCGAUGUGGUGAAACGUUUUGCUAGACAGCCUGACAGCCCCAUGAGCAUGUGCAGCAAUAGCAGUGGUAAAGCAUCUCCAGCUAUUGCUACAGGCUCACCUCCAGCCAUACCGAGAGUCCGAAUAAAGACAAUCAAAACCUCAUCUGGAGAAAUCAAACGGACUGUCACGAGCAUAUUGCCAGACUCUGAAACUGAAGAUCUCCAGUCGCCCUUUGGAUCAUCUCCAUCUCAGUCCUCAGUUGAAGAUGCCUUCUCCAAAACAAUCCAUGUGCAUAGUUCGAAGGAUAUGAUUUCUGAAGACGUUUUUGAGGAUGGAAAGCAGGAAGCUUCAAAGACAGCUUCACUAGGAAGCGUAAAAUCAGUGCGGAGCGCAAAGAAACCUCGUCUCCAAAAUAAUGAUCAUGUCCUAAAGAAUAAGCAAAAGAGGUCUCCACAAACGGGUUCGUCGGCUAACACAAAUUACCUUCCAAAGGCGUUACACUUGGCCAACCUAAAUCUAGUCCCACACAGUGUAGCUGCCUCGGUUACAGCAAGAUCUUCCACUAACAGACAGGACCGCUCUCACUUAUCAUCUUCAGUGGUGUGUAGUUCUGUACCCUUAGUGCACCAAGUCAAAAAAGUCUCCCCGAACACACGGGCUGUUACCCCGAAUACUGCAGCUGGAACUUUAAACAGACUGUUAAAUUACUCGAACCCUGUGCCAACGUAUGUUCCUGACCUAAGUCCACCACCAGGCAGCAACAUCAAGCUCCCACCACAAGGCUAUUGCUGUCUAGAAUGCGGAGACGCAUUCGGGCUCGAAAAGAGUCUAGCGUACCAUUAUGGACGAAGGAGCGUGCAUAUCGAAGUAGCAUGUACCCACUGCUCUAAAACUUUGGUGUUUUUUAACAAAUGCGCUCUUCUGGCACAUGCUCGAGAUCACAAAAACAAAGGCAUGGUGAUGCAGUGCACUCAGUUGUUUAUGAAGCCCAUUGCUGUCGACCAGAUGUUGGCACCAUCCAAGCCUGUGCAGUCUGUAAAUCAGAUACCUUGUGAGAACAACACAACAGAGUUAUCCAAAAUCCAAGUGGUCUUGCCUCUUUAUCAUGACAGAGUUAUCAGGAAUGGGUUCAAAUGCUCGGAUUGCAAUAAACAAAUGUCAGACUCCGCAGCACUUGCAGGUCACUAUCAGAAAAUGUCGGCGGAGUCUGAAAGUCUGGUGUGCAAGGUUUGCUCAAUGUUGCUACCAAACAAAUGCAGCUACAGGGCCCAUCAACGCAUUCACACUCAUAAAUCUCCAUAUUCUUGCCCCGAGUGUGGAGCACUCAGUCGUUCUGUGGACAUCCAAAAGCAUGUGAAGGAGAACUGUCUCCACUAUGCCCGCAAAAUCGGUUACACGUGUGUGCAUUGUGAAAUGCUUUUCAUGUCACUGUCCCUCUUGAAGAGUCACAUUGAGGACAAACAUUGUGAAGUCUUCUAUAAAUGCACUAAAUGUCCUGUAGCCUUCAAAUCUACUGAUGGCUUCCUGAUGCAUGUGAAAACCAAGCAUGACGCCGAUGAACCUAGCCAUCAGGUGAUCUACAAGUGUUCCUGUAAAACUAUCUUUAAGAAAAAACAAUUGUUGUAUCAGCAUUUCCAUCAUCGUAUUUGUGUGUUCAAGUGUCCAGAGUGCACUUCGUUUUACCAAGAGAAACUACUUUUGGUGCAACAUUACAAGAGUGUUCAUGUUGGAGUUUUCAGAGCUGAAGCAGAAAAAUGCCAGACCGAGACAACAUCUCUCUUUGACACAGUGUCUCCACAAAACUUUAAACCAAGAGUAACCAAACCUGCUAGUGAUGCCAGCAUGAAAGUUGGAGAGAGCCCUUCUGCACGGAAAUCAAGUGGCGGACAUAGUAGGAAGAACGCUGGGUGGACUUGUGGAGAAUGCCUUCUGUGGCUCCCAGACAGAGAGACCUACGUCAGUCAUAUGAAGAGCACCCAUGGAAGGUCUCUAAAGAAACAUCCAUGUCGAUUGUGCGUAAGGUCUUUCAAUUCAACCUUGAGUCUUAGACGACACAUUCGCAGUGACCAUGAUGGGAAAAAGAAAGUUUACACAUGCUGGUACUGCACAAAUGAGGACGUAACUUUUACUAAACCCUCUGUGCUGAAGAAUCACAUCACCUUGAUGCAUGGAAUUAAGAACCCAGAUUUCAGCCAGAUGGCAAAGUUGGCAUCUCAGGUGGUGGGGAAAACCACAAGUGAGAGGCCUAAAAGAAGAGCAGAGGAGACGAAUGGGAAGAUCGGAGAAAAUGGAAUGUCAUGCAGCUCUCCUGCCAAGCGUCUUAAGCCACUUUAUCGCUGUGCCAAAUGUGGCUUUACCUCUGAAGUCCAAGCCCAGUUUCAUGAGCACAUACCUCAACACAGAACCGACAGUGACACACCCCAGUGCCAGCACUGCGGACUUUGUUUCACAUCUCAGCUAGCACUCAGCAGGCACCUCUUCAUUGUGCAUAAGGUCAAAGAACCAGACUUUGAAGAUGAGACAUCAAAUCAAGAAGGGGUAAACUCAACUGACUUGGGAGAUGAAAGAAAACCUGUACCUCUUUUGCCAAAAACAACUGGUUUGUCCACAGUUGGAGAGCAGUGUGAAAUAUACAGUGAGACUGUGGCCGGUGAGUCCAUAGACGGUGCUUGUGGCAAAACAAAGACAUCAGAAACAAGUGAAUUUGCUGAGAAAGAACAGGCCUGAACAAUGGAAAGCUGCUAUUCAAUGUCAUUGCAAAAAGAUUAUGGCUAAACAUGCCAUUUAUCCGAAUAUGCAGCUAAUAAAUGUGGUACUGCAAACAUGUUGCCUUACAGUAAAAAACUAUAUCUCAAGUCGCUUAUAUCUCAAUGAAAUAAUGUUUCAUAAGACUCUGAAUAUCUUUGAAUUAACUAAAAACUGAUGAAUUCAUGCAAUUAAUCGCCACUUUCUAUUAUUGUGUAUUACUUUGAUAUAUGUCUUAUGUAUGUGGUUAAUCAUAAUUUAUUUUCAUAUAAUUUCAAAAGCAUAAUGUCAGUUUGUUACAGUGUUUCUCUACAGAACAAAUGUAUGUCUUUGUUCAUGUACUACAACAAAUCUACCAUGAAAUGUUAUCUAUUUACAUAUUCUAGCCAUGUAAUAUUUUGGCUGUUUUCAGGGUCACAAAAUAUGCCAACAGGGGAAAUGCUGAUGAGUUUAGUAUUUUUGUGGUCAGUCUUUGGUGGUGCUUGUGUUAUGCUGGUCUUGAAGGAAGGGCAUGUCUGAUGAUGAAUAUUGUUAGGUGGUGUAUGUGUGUAUCGCAAAACUAGAUAUCUGUAACAGUAUUGCUAUGAUGGAGAUUGCUUUUAUUCUAAAAGGUAUUCACUUAAACCCAGGUAUCUGCACUCAGAGAAUAUAUAUUUUCAUAUUCAUUCCAUGUAGAUGACUAGUUUCAGUUACAUUUAUAUUCAAUGAGCCAUUCUUACAAUCAAAAUUAGCACUUUUGUAAAUGAAAAUAUGGAGAAAAGUGAUAUUCAUUAUUUACAUAUUCUCAGAUUAAAGACAUAAGAGACUCAAAUUUACAGUUUAUGUUAUUAGCAGAGGUUUGAUGUUUUGGAGGCCUUCAACAAUGUAAAAUACAAAGAUUAUUAUUUCUGUCACUAUUUUGUUCGUUAAUAUUUCAGAUUAAAUCUUUAUGUCCAAGACA